AUGCGCCUUCUCACGUUAUCUCUUCUCCUACGAAUCUGCAUUGCCAAAAUAUCGUUACUCUUUACUUCAGGUGGAGGCCAGCUUGGACGAAUGCUUGCCUAUCCGGCAUCGCUGCUCAAUAUCGACCUGGUCAUCCUGGACCCACUUCCAAAUGCACCAGCAAAGCAACUGGUCAAUCCACUUCACUCAUCGGUAAAUCAUCUCGACGGCCCCUUCUCCGACUCCGACUACGUUACCAAGCUCGCGUCUAUGGCAGACGUGCUGACGGUGGAGAUUGAACAUAUUAACGUCGACGCCCUAGAUGCCGCCCAGGCAAGCUCCAAGGCCAUUGAAGUACAUCCUGCGCCGUCGACUCUGCGCACAAUCCAAGACAAGUACAUCCAAAAGGAGUGGCUUAAGGCACGCUCCAUCUCCAUCGCUCCAUUUUGUUCCGUCGAGGCAUCCGAACAGGCCGUACGCGACGCGGGCAAGUCACUCGGAUAUCCCUACAUGCUGAAGAGUCGUACCUUGGCAUACGAUGGACGAGGUAACUACGUUGUGCGAUCAGACGCCGAUGCUGCUGCCGCACUCAAGGCCCUGGGAGCUGGUCCCGAAGUGGAUGAAAAGAGUCGACGAAAAUUGUAUGCCGAAAAGUGGGUUCCAUUCGAAAAGGAGAUCGCAGUCAUGGUUGUUCGCGGAAAGAAUGGAGAAGUUCGAAGCUAUCCAGUGGUCGAGACGAUCCAUCGCGACAGUAUCUGCCAUUUAGUUUACGCCCCACUUAGAGUCAGGGAUCCAAAGAUUAUUGCAGCAGCCAAACAGACGGCGGAACGUGCGAUAGCAACAUUCGAAGGCGCUGGCGUAUUUGGUGUAGAAAUGUUUCUUCUGGCCGAUGGAGCCAUUCUUAUCAACGAGAUUGCACCACGUCCGCACAACUCGGGUCACUACACCAUCGAAGCCUGCGAGUCGUCUCAGUACGAGAAUCAUCUAAGGGCUGUACUUGGUCUUCCCUUGGGAAGUACCGAGAUGAAGGUGCAAAGCGCCGUAAUGCUCAAUUUCCUUGGGCCACCGACUUCGACAUCUCUCCUCUCCAGAUCCCAGCCUUCGAUCGAUGAACUAGUCAAGACCGCGCUGAAUAUUCCAGGCUGCACGGUGCAUCUAUAUGGCAAAGCAGAGUCGCGUCCGGGUCGAAAAAUGGGACAUGUCACCAUCGUGGGUGCCUCUGACGCCGAGGUUCGAACGCGCUUGCGUCCGCUCCUACUCCAGCUGGGUGUCGACGCGCAACAAGCCAUCGACAACGCCCUCGCGCCACUUCCUCAGCAUCGCGACGAGCACGGCAAGCUCCGUAAUGGAGCCUUCAAUUCGCGUAAUCCACUCGUUGGCAUUAUUAUGGGGAGUGAUUCGGAUUUGCCUGUCAUGCGAGAUGCGGCCAAGAUGUUGGACGGGUUUGAGAUUCCAUAUGAACUUACAAUCGUCAGUGCGCACAGGACGCCAGAUCGACUUGUCGAAUACGCAAAGACGGCGGUGACAAGGGGACUGAGAGUAGUCAUCGCUGGGGCUGGUGGAGCGGCUCAUCUUCCUGGGAUGGUGGCGAGCAUGACUGCUCUCCCUGUUAUCGGUGUCCCUGUAAAAGGCAGUACAUUGGAUGGCGUCGACAGUCUCUACAGUAUCGUACAGAUGCCGCGUGGUAUUCCUGUCGCCACGGUCGCAAUUAAUAAUGCCACAAAUGCAGGCUUGCUCGCUGCACGUAUCGUCGCUACAUCUAUUCCAAGCCUUACCGCCCAAGUCGAGACGUAUUCGGCACGAUUGGAGAACGAGGUAAUGGGCAAGGUCGAUCGUUUGGAGAAGGAUGGUUGGGAAGAUUAUGUUGUCAAGAAGUAG